AUGUAUCCACCACAAGGUUUCAUGGAUCCUACAUACCCCCCAUCGCAAAAACAAUCCCGCAUUUUAAGUCGCGACUGCCUGUACUUAGAUUUGGUGGAUAAGCUACGUCGCAGAUUGCGGCGAGCCCUAUUCUUUGUUGGGUCUUGUCAAUAUUCCACGAGUUAUAGAAACAAUUCGGAUGGUAAUCACUGUUACGAAACCAAAUUGUUUAACCAAGCAGAGAAGAUACUCGAGGCUGAGCCUAUUCUAUAUGCCAGUGGACACGUCCCUGAACUACGCACCAAGCCUAGUUUAUUGGCUCUGAGAAUUGACCAACUUGGUAAUAGGAACAAACAGCUGUUGGCCAACAUUUUAGAGGCUUCAAGGAGGAGGUGCAAGAGUAGUAGUUUCGAUACUAUCGAUGGGCAGAUAGCUUAUCUGAUGGACCAAGUCAAGCGAUUAUACCACUGA